AUGUUUGGGGUCAAGCGUCAGCGCGACGACGACAAGUCGUCCAAGCUUGCUCCUCAGAACAAAAAGCUCUGUCAGCCAUGGCAAACACCUGACCUCCCUGAGUCUCCGAUCGACCUCGAUCACAGUCCUUCCCGAGCCCCGACCUUGACUCCCGUGGAUUCCUCUGAUGAAGAAGCCAGCUCCAAGAAGCCAAGCACGGAAGAUGCUUCAGCGGGUACUGCGGCAAAUUCGGCUGAACUCCCAUGGGCGCCGAUCAUUACUUUUAGCACCUCCUCUGCAAACCCACCCACUGCCCUGGCUGGCAGUCAUGAGCUCUCCUGGUUUGUGAACUCCAACAACAUGAGCACCACUCCUCUGUCAGAAAUCCCUCACCCUAGUUUCAAUCAAUCAAACAGUGCCAGUGGGGCUUCCACAGCCACCCCGAUGCGCAGCCCCGGGCCGGUCGCACACGAUCUCAUGAACACCCCCCGACCAGACCCAACGGACGAUGUCGCUCUUGAAUAUCCAGACUAUUUUAUGCAUGCCAGGCUUCCAAGCCCAGUCAGUGAGGACGACAAUGAUACGUCCAUGAAUAGUUUGCCCGCAAGCGACACGGACAUGGCUGCAUACUCGCACUCUCCUCGGUGGUCCCCAACCCCAGAAUUUCCUGAGAAUCCGGCAUUUCUUACACCUGUCUUAACUCGCCGACCCACUCCACGAGCAAUGCAGCUCUCUGAGAGCGCUUCCCCCAAGAAAGCGGCCAUCGCUAUGGGGUACCGUGCUGACUGUGAGAAGUGCCGGAACAAAGUCCCAGGGCACUACAGUCAUAUUAUCCGGACUUAA